AUGUCUGAAAACGAGAAUGACAAGUUCACUGAGGAUGAUCUAAGGUUCUCUUAUUUCGCAACCCUAAAUGAAUUUUUUUUGGAACAGCAAGAGCAACAACUAAGAUUCGAACAAUUAAAACAAUGCUCUUCAAUUCAAAUUUAUUCUGAUACAGAACAUGAAGACAAAACUGAUUUGGUAAAUGAAGAUAGUAUUUCUUCCAAGACUAAUGAUGUUAAUAUGGACUUUUUUAAUGAAGAUUGGCAGUAUUCCAAAGAAACAACUGAUGUAAUAAUUCAAGAAGUUCUAAUGCACACAAAUGAAAUGGAUCGAGUUGCAUGUAUUAGCACUCCAACAGUAUUUGUCAAACUAAAAUCAAUUACUCCACCUCCAAAACGAUCAAUCUAUCUAUUCGAAUUUGACACUCGAUUCGAUAUAUAUGGUUCUGACUUCUUUCAAUACGACUAUAAAACCCCUACCAAAUUUCGCGAUUGUUCAAAGCUUCGAAAUACUUUUGAUUUUAUUGUAGUAGAUCCACCAUUCCUGAGUGAAGAUUGUUUUACUAAAACCAUGAUCACUGUUAGAUGGCUUGGGAAAAAAGAAACUUGUAAGAUUUUGUUGUGUACCGGUGCUGUUAUGCAAGACCUGGCUGAUCGAUUAAUCAAAGCUCGAAUGACCUCUUUCUAUCCUCAACACCAAGGUGGAUUGGCCAACGAAUUUCGCUUAGAAAAUGAAACCAUUCAAGUGUAUUAG